AUGAAUUGCCUAAAGCCUCAAGACAUGGUCACACACGUACAUGCCAAAGCAAAGAAGCUUGACUCCAACCUCUUGACCAAGUCUUGCAGGGACAUGACGCCAGAAAACCAUAGACAGCGUCAAAUGUUUGCUCCCCGGCUUUCGAUACACAUCAACCUCAAACUCCCGCCACACCAGGAAAGUUGGAAUACCAACAUGCCAAAAAGCGGAGAUUUGUGCUGGUGCCAUUGAGCGCAGCUACACAAUACUACCUCUGAACGCGCACAGCGUGGAUGCAAGCUGACCAACCUUCCUAAUCGAGUAAUAAAUCCACCAAAGUGUAGAUUACCUAUGCAAUUGCACGGAGCGAGCGAUUGCAUUUCUUUUGCAUGCCUUUCGCAC